AUGGUAGACGAGGAGAAGACUCUGGGCAACUCCUCGUCCGUGGACGUCGACACGGGCAAACAUGCCGGUCCCACCUUGGAGAAACAUGGCCAGGACGCCGACGAGGCCAUGAAGGCCAUUUCUCAGCUGCAAGGCGAGGCGAUUGAGUUAGACGAGCCCACGAACCGGAGGCUGCUGCGCAAGAUUGACUGGCAUAUGAUGCCCAUUAUGUGCUGUAUCUAUGGCAUGAACUUUCUCGACAAAACCACCCUAUCCUAUGCUAGUGUCAUGGGCCUCAAGGAGGAUCUCCAUCUGGAUCCUGACAGUGACCAAUACCAGUGGCUGGGCAGUCUAUUUUACUUUGGAUACUUGGCCUGGGAAUACCCGACCAACCGUCUCCUCCAGAUGCUACCCUUGGGCAAAUACUCGGGCGCUUGUAUUUUAAUCUGGGGCCUCAUCCUCUGCUGCUUUGCCGCUACCAAUAACUACCCCGGUGCCAUUGCCAUUCGGUUUUUCCUCGGCGUGUUCGAGGCUGCCGUAACACCGGGCUUUGCUCUUCUGACUUCUCAGUGGUAUACCCAACGAGAGCAAGGAAGCCGUGUGAACAUCUGGUUCAGCUUCAACGGCUGGGGCCAAAUCCUGGGAGGUGUAGUCUCCUACGGGAUCGCGGUCGGCACCCAGAAGAAUGGAUCGACGAUCGAACCCUGGAAGAUUGUGUUCUUGUUUACGGGCCUGCUGACUAUCGUUUUGGGCAUGGCCUUCCUCUGGAUCGUCCCCGACAGCCAACUCAACGCCCGCUGGUUAAAGGAAGAGGAUCGCAUUCUGGCGAUCGCGCGGGUGCGGGUCAACCAGCAGGGAAUUGGUAACAAGCAUUUCAAAUGGUAUCAGGUGAAGGAGGCACUCUUGGACCCGAUGACGUGGGCCUUUUUCUUUUUCGCGAUCAUCGCGAAUAUUCCGAAUGGUGGCAUUACCAAUUUUUUCAGUCAGCUGAUCAAAGGCUUUGGCUACACAGAAGAAGACAGCUUGAUCCUCGGUGUUCCCGGCGGUGCCGUCGAAGUGGUGGCUCUGCUGUUGAAUGGUUGGGUCGGCCAUGUCACCGGGCAGCGUAUCCUGGCCAGUCUUGGUGGUCUGUUUGCCUCGAUUGUCGGAAUGGUCUUGAUUGUCGCUCUGCCUCUCUCCAACAACGUCGGCCGCCUGAUUGGAUAUUACCUGACCCAAGCCAACCCGACACCCUUUGUUGCGCUGCUGUCCCUCGUCUCGUCAAAUGUGGCUGGUUACACUAAGAAGACAACCGUGGCAGCUCUGUAUUUGAUCGGAUACUGUGCAGGCAAUAUCAUUGGGCCCCAAGUCUUCCGCCCUCAAGAUGCACCCCGCUAUGUACCGGGUGAGAUUACUAUUAUUGUCUGCUGGGGGGUGUGCAUUCUGAUGCUGCUGGGGGUGUGGUGGUGGUAUGGGAACGAGAACCGACGCAAGGCACAGGUGUGCGCGGCGCCGGGCUAUGUGCGCAUGGAGAACCAAGAGUGGCUUGAUUUGACUGACCGGGAAAACCCCGAGUUCGUAUACUCGUUGUGA